AUGGGCCAAUUUGUGGAUGAUAUCACCGCCAGAUAUUUUCGCGGCAUCCAUUCGUUUAUCCCGAUCAUCUCGCGUCCCCGUUUCCAUGAGCAGCUUGUCAAAUGUGGAGCACCGCCUCUGGCCGGUUUCUCAAUUUUAUUGUUGAGUAUGGGCCUGAUCACCUAUCACCCAGAGCUGGUUCAACAGGUAUCCGAACCUCUUGACAUGACAACACUUUACGUAACUACAAAAACACUCUUUGCUCAGGUACAGGCAUCUUCUCCACCAUCAUUGCAUCUCAUUCAAGCGAGUACAAUCAUUGCUGCGUACGAGUAUGCAAUUGGCAAAUUCCAUGAUGCGUUUACAACUAUUGGCAUCUGCGCAAGAAUGGGUUAUACAUCCCGUCUCCAUCUAGCGAACCCAAACGCAGGAAUGGACCGCAAUACCUAUCUACAAGCCGAAGAGGAAAGUAACACAUGGUGGGGAAUUGUCGCCUGUGAAAGGAUAUUUUACUGUGAGAUAGCGGAAUCUCAACAGCCUUUUGCAAUGCGGGUGCCUCCCCGAGAAGCUCGGCUUCCAACGGAGCCAACGUUAGCGUCUUUUGCAGUAUCUAAGUCCAGAUCUCCUCUAAACGAACCCAUUGCAACUGAAACCACAGGUGGCUUUGCAUGUAUGGCACAGGCAACCUGGCUCCUGGAUGAGGUUUUUAAAGCAAUGGAGGUAACAGAUCUAGAUGCAAGAUUAACUCAACUUGACGGGCUUGAUCAUACUCUUCGCACCGUCCUGACUGUGGUCAUGAAUAGAGACCAAGGGGCCUGGGGUUCAUUUUGCGCUGCCAAUGCGAUGAUUAUUAGUAGGGCUCUUUUCAUUCUUCAUGGGGAGAUUUUGCACCAAGUAGCACACAUGGGGGCCUGUAAGCGCAAAUCCCCAGAGCAAUGGCUGAACAGCUCCCGUGCUGCCCUGGACUCGAUUACGAAGAUGGUACAGGAUAUUGCAAUAAUUCACAGCGAGGUUUCAGCUCUCUCCAAUCUGGAUACGUUGCCUCCAAGCUGUGCAUUUAUUACUCGUGCCGCACUUCGGCAUAUAGAUGGCACUGGACUCAAUGGCGAUCAGUGGGAUGGUGCUAGGACUAGGGAGAAGCUUCAGAUGUCCUGGGAGAAAUUUAAUCAUCGUUGGAAUGCUGUACCUAAGUAUAAUGGCUAG